AUGGGGCAUCGAAGGUACUUGGAAAUGAACCAUCCAUUUCGCAAAGAUGCUAAAUCUUUCAAUGGAGCUGUAGAGUAUGGAAAACCACCAGGAAGGUUAAUGGGGUCUACAAUUUUAGAUGAGUUAGCUGGUUAUAGUAUUAAACUUGGGAAGACAGUUAGUGACAAUCCAGAAUUGCCAUUUAAUUGGAAAAAAUUAAGUAUUUUCUUUGAUUUGCCCUAUUGGAAAGACAAUAUGAUACGUCAUAAUCUUGACGUUAUGCACAUUGAGAAGAACAUCUGUGAGAUCAUUGUGGCUACAUUGUUGAAUCUGGAAAAAACCAAAGAUAAUAAAAAGUCACGUCUUGACCUUCACGAUAUGGGUAUAAGAUCAGAAUUGCAUCCCAUUGAGAAGGGAAAUGGUAGGAGUGUUCUGCCUCCAGCUUGCUUUACAAUGAAAAAGAAGGAAAAGGAGAUAUUUUGCAAAGUUUUGAAAGGGAUAAAAGUUCCAGAUGGCUACGCAGCAAAUAUUUCUAGAUGUGUUAAAGUAAAGCCACCAAAAAUUUCUGGAUUAAAAAGUCAUGAUUACCAUAUUUUGAUGCAACAGCUUCUCCCAAUAGCUCUGCGCAGAACUUUAUCAAAAGCAGUUCGCUCUCCUUUGAUCAAAUUGAGCAGGUAUUUUCGCAAGUUGUGCUCCAAAGUUUUGGAUCCAGCAGAUUUAGUUCAUUUGGAAAAAGAGAUUGGUAUCAUACUUUGUCAAUUAGAAAGGAUUUUUCCACCAUCCUUUUUUAAUGUGAUGGUACAUCUAGCUGUUCAUUUGGUUAGCGAAGCAAAAAUAGGAGGGCCUGUCCAUUAUUGGUGGAUGUAUCCUAUAGAAAGGUAUUUAGGAACUUUGAAUUCCUACGUCCGAAAUAGAAGUCGACCAGAAGGCUGCAUUGCUGAAGGCCAACACCAUAAAAUGGUGGAGGAGCAAAAUCCAUGUGCUGGAAAACAUGUCAUUGAGCGUAUUCAUUGUGAGAACUUUGCAGAUUGGUUUUCGGACCAUGUUAAGCAGAUUCAAGUGGCUGAUGGUGUUGACAUCUCCAAAGAUUUGAAACUUCUGGCUAGGGGUCCAAAUAAUGUGGGGAGAACAUAUCAAAAGAUUCUUGUCAAUGGCUUUCGCUUCCAUACAAGACAAUUAGAAUCUCAGAGGAAAACUCAGAAUAGUGGGGUUCUUGUCAAUGCAACAACAUCAAGCUUUUCGAGUACUAAAGAUAAUAAUCCAAUUUUAAGUGACUUGGCUUACUAUGGUAUCCUUGAGUUAAAUUACACUGAAGGCCGAAUUUUCACCUUAUUUGAAUGUGAUUGGAUAUCAAAAGGCAAAAGAUUAAAGCAAGAUGAGGAUGGAUUCACAUUGGCCAACUUCAAGAAUGUAAAGGCUCACCCUGAGCCAUAUGUGAUAGCAACCCAAGUUUCACAAGUUUUUUAUGUUGAAGACCCUUUAGCUGAAGGCUGGAGUGUUGUUGUUGCUACAUCUCCUAGGAAUGAGUUUAUGAUGGACCCCGUAUGUGAUAUUGAGAUGUAUUUGCAGAGCACAAUUACCUCAACAACUCAAAUGGACAAUGAGAAUGAAGACAUUCGAUGGGUUCGAGAAGAUGAUGGAGAUGAAAUACUCCACUAG